CACUCACAAUCCUAUCCUUAUCUUUGGAAUGAGAGAGCUUAUUUUUUUUUUAAUACUCCUAUUUUCUUCCUAAUAAUUAUUGGAGGUGGCCAAAUUAAACCACAAUGCCCCAAGAGGUCUAAAUCAACCCCAAUGAAGCCUGUGGCUUUUUGUAGGACACAGAAUGAAUGAAUGAAAAACAUAGCCUAUUUAGAAAACCGGAGUCGUGGCAAGUUAACGCCAGGAGACGCGUUUCAGUACUUGUCAACGCGCUGACCUCUCUGUGCCCGAAUGCCUUUCCCUACGUUUUCACUUGGUCACGUAGUGAAGCCGUUGUGGGGUUUCUCCUCUGGUCCCAACUUUUGUUUAUGUCCCUCUGCUCUGGUUCUGCAGUCCCAGGGCCUCGGGGGUGGGAGUCUGGCCGCGAGAGGCUCCUCCAGGGACCCCGACCGGGUGAGGCUGGGUCCAGCCUCCUCUGUGUGCUUCCCUGCAGGCUCUACCAGUUCCUCCUUCUCCGAUCACUGGCUCCUUCGGCUGGAGAGCGAUCACAGCAGUGCCAGGGGAAGCCUGCUGUCCUGGAGCUCCAGCCCCGGCCCCUCCCGGCCCCAGGAGCCGGACCCUCCCAUCCUCACCACCAGCCUCUCCGAUCAGGAAAAGGGAGGGUUGGAGUCCAGGCCUCUGGUACGGGGCGUACGAGGCCGAAGCAUCAGCAUGAAGGAGCCGACCCCUUCCAGAGCCAAGCAGGGGGCCUUCAAGACCAUGCCCCUCCGAUGGUCUUUCAGACCCCGGGAGAAACCAGUGGGUGCGUCUGUCGAACUGGUGGAGUAUUUGGAAUCCAGGCGGAGACCCAGAUCCACGAGCCAGUCCAUCGUGCCGCUGUUGACGGGCGCUGCUGGCGAGGACGUGGAGUCAGAUGCCACUGGCUCUGCUAAGGGGGAAGGUGGUGGGCAAGCCACCGAGAGAGCGCUGGCCAGAGUGCCCUGCCCCUCGGGCCACCCCAGCCACUGUGCCGCCCCUGGAGUCCCAGAUGGUCUAAACGCAGCAAGGAAAGCCAAGGAGCAUGCAAGUCAGGAGAUCAGGCUCCCCAAACAGUUUGACCUGCCCCUCGCCGUGAUGCCCUCAGCAGGGACUGACAGACGAGCUCGGCCUGAGGGCCAGAAGACCGCGAACUGCGAGGGAAGCGGCCUGGCAGGGAGCUGCAGCAGGGCACCCUCCCCGGCCAAGGAGCCUCUGGGCGCCACGGCAUUAUCUAGAAACAGCGCAGACAAGUGCCAGAAUACCUUAGCCAGGAUGAGGGCCAGUGUGGAGGCCAGAGACCCUGAGACAGACAGAUUCCCACAGGGGACCCUCACCCUUCUGAGAUCUGUGUUUUGGAAGAAGGAGACCAAGCAUGACAAGGCGGAGGUGGCCCUCCGGGCGUCCCCAGGGUCCCUGGUGAGCGGCAGGCUGAGCCCGGCUAUGGAUGAGCACGCCCGAGGCUCCUCUCCUUCCUUCCAGAUCCGAGAGAGCCUGGCCAGGGCCCCCGCCAACCUCCAGGAGAGGGACGUCUGGUCAGCCCCCAGCUCUCUCCGCCUCCCUCGCAAAGCCGGCAGGCCCACGAGGGCCGGUGCCCUGGGCCCGCCACAGAGGACGGUUCCCGGGGACCACACUCCUUUUGGCACCUUGCAGAAGGUGAAAUACCACACUCUUUCCUUAAGCCGGAAGAAAACGUUACCCGAGUCCAGUUUCUGAUGGUGUGUGUUCAAGUCCCGCGCGAGGCUGGUGAUCCUCGAGACGGGGCAGCUGGAAGAAGCUUGUGUUGUGUCGAGCGUGGGCUUUCUAGAAGCCAGUUGUCUUGUGACCCUGAAAAUAAAAAAAAAAAAAAAUUUUUGUUUUUGGUCCCCACCUCUAGAUCUUCAACACAGCAUGUCCGAAUACCUUCGUGUACCUUUGGGUGCUUUUAUACGUGUUGGCCACAAGAUGGUGCUGUUGAGUCAACAUUACCCUUUCAGGGCAAGAACGGAUUUAUUUCCCUAAAUUCCUCAGCCUGAGUACCUACACUCGAGAGAGAUUCGGAUGCGGCCCAGCCUGACAGCAUAUAACUCUGCAGGGAAGCCUCGGAAAUAAGAGUCUUCGACAUCAAAUCAGUUCUUGCCAUUGCUUACCUUUCUCAAAUCUCUAAUGCUUCUCUGGGAUAAAGCCUUCAAGAUGCCAAAAAAACAUGGUAGUGACCUUCAAGUAGGAUUCUAGGAGAGAUGGAACAGAAAUGAUUGAGAGUGUAGGAAGAUAUUUAAUAUAUAGCAAAAUAAUUAUGUUACUGUUUUUCAAGGUAUUUAAAAAAGAGAACUAUUUUGAUACUUAGGCAUAGAGGAAAUUCUUUUUAAAAAAAAUUAAGUCUGAGAUCUAUGUACAAUUUUAAUAAAAGCCCAUUGGUGAACCAUGCAAA